UGCGAUAAAAGAACUUGAACAUCACCACUACCAAAACUUGUCUCUGAUUGAAUCACACUGCUGUCACUUGCGGUUUAUACUGUGUUUGCUUCUUUAUAUUGGUGUUUAUCAUCAGAUUUUAUUUGUAAGAUGUCCUUGCAUAUUGGCAAUUUAUCAUCUCGCACUCGUAGAGCUGAGCUUGAACGUGUUUUUCGAAAGUUUGGACAAUGUGAUAUACGAUUGAAAGAUGGAUAUGGUUUUAUAGUAUAUGAUUUCCCUCCGAAUGCAGAAAAAGCUUUAAGAGCACUACAAGGAAGAAAUAUCUGUGGGCAGCCAUUGACUCUUACACGGUCUAAUAAACAACCCACCUCUCUUAAAAAAUUUGCAAAGGCUGCUAGAUUCUAUGAGCCACAAUAUGCGAGUUUUGCUAGAGGAAGAGAUUAUAGUAACAGGAAACUGCAUUCAAUUGGUCUACAAAAUAACAGGUCUGGUUUUAAGCGACCUGCUAGACAUGGUAGAAACUUUAAUGCAGUUAACAUGCUUCAUGAAGAUAGAAACUACCAUCAGGGUAGAAUUAAUGACUACAUUCAGGAAGAGCAUUUUGAUUAUAGGGAAGAUAUACUAGAUGAAGGUAGGAAUGUUGAACCUGAUGUGGUUGAAAAUGAUAGGUGGGGUGCACACUUAUAUGACCAACCAAAUGAUAAUGGUGUUGACUAUGAAAUGGAGGACCGGUUUGAACGUUACCAAGGUUAUGACAGGAAGCGUGAAGAUGAAAACCAUAACAUGCCCUAUUAUGGUGUUUCACAUGCUCCCCGAAGCCCUGAAGAGAUAAUGAGGGGAGAGAAUCUUUCUGAAGCACAUUUGGAGCCUCCAAAUGAUUUGAAAUCACUGGAAGCCUGCUACUAUUGUGGAGGUUUAGGCCACAAAAUGUGCAGUUGUACCAUGGAAAAUGUUUCAAAAAGAAAUUUCAAGACAAUUAUUCGUUUUAGGCAUGGUGAUGACAUUAAAAGAAGGGCUAGAGGUAAAGGCAAGCUGGAAAGAUAUGAAUCUAGUUCUCAUGGAAAGGGGCAAUCCAGUAAGGAUUCUAUAUCAUUGAGUCGACUUGGUAAUGGUAGGAAAGCUCCUGGUAUUGGAAGGCAUCACAGGUUGAAGCGAAACAGUAGCUCCCCUGAGGCAAAGGAAACUGACAGGGUUUGGAGAAAGGACCAAGGAGGAAAGAAGCAAAGGAGGGAUGAUGGAACUCAGAAGAAUCACAGUGAAAAGGAAGCAAAAAGGUCAGUUUCAUUUCCCCUCAAUUCUGAUUGCACUGAAUCCAUAUCACACUCAUCUCAAUCUUCUAAACCUGUUUCAAGGUCUUGUUUGCACUUUAGAUCAAGAUCAAUAUCUUCCAGAGAACGUUCUGCGUCAUCUGAUUCAAGGUCUAGUUCGACGUCAUGCUAUUCUAGAUCUACCUAUUCGAAGUCUAUGUCAAGGUCGAGCUCUCAUACAUCCUUGUCUGUAUCUGUAUCCCUUGGUCAGCCUUUACCAAUGUCUCCAAACAAGGUGCAGCCGCAUCCGAAUGGCCAUCUGGAUAAUGCUGCCACAUCUGAACCAAAAGAAAUUCUAGUUGAGCAAGGGCUGCUGGAUGGUGAUGCUAGGUUGGAGGAUGCUAAACUUGAAAACAACUUGUUGGCAAUGAGAAAUGAAAAUGUGGUUUCAUCCUCUAAACUGAAAGAUGAAAUGGAUCAAGAGCAGCCUAUGAAAAAGGAUGAUGAGGAUAACGAUAAGGUGUCCUUGUCAUUUUGUGAAAUAACAAAUCCAAGUACACCAUUACCAGAAAAAGUCCUGCUUACACCUGGAAGCUUGAGUUUAGAGCCCUUGAAAGAGACAAAGGAGUUUCAACAUUCUGAAGCAUCAUUGUUGGUGCAUAUUCCUGUACCUAUUGAGAAUCCUAAUUCAGAAGCUCUUGGUAGUUCCCACUCUGGCCGUUCAAUUAGCGUAUCCUCGGAGGAGAUGUGCAUGGUUCUGAAGCACUAUGGCAUGAAACUUCCUGAUGAGAAUGAAAGGCAUUCACCUGUAGAGGAUUAUUUUGGUUCUUCUCGCUUAUGGCCUUGGGAGAUGAUCUAUUAUAGGAGGUUGAAGAAGGGCCCUAUUUCAACUGAAAACUACUCUCGGCGGGUGGCUCAGAAUCAGGAAUUUGGUAUCAUUGACAAGUAUAUACGAAGUAGUAGUGGAUGGGGAGAAUCAGUUAAAGACUACCCUUGAAAGUUUUAUGUGCGAUAUGUCAACUUAUUUUUCACACUUAAGACUUUGAGCAUAAUUGGAAUACCUUUCGUUUGAUACUGCUUUUUUUGGACUUCACAUGGAAGAUUUCUGGUGGACUUUUCAUUUAGAAGCUUUUGGCUGGUAAUUUUGUAGAGUAUGUUCAAUACAUUUAAUAGUACUCUACAAGCUGUCAGAUUCUGUUGAUUGUUGUGCACUUCUUCCUUGAAUCAGGUUAAUAAAGCUUUGGUUGUAUUGCUCAA